UUCGGAGCAUCGAAGCACAUUUUCUGCCCGCGCCACGGAGGCGGUAGCGACGGGAGAGACGAUGGCAGAGACGAGCACGAGCAGAAGCAGCGGAGAGAUUAAUGGCGAGGCGAAAGAGAGGAUUGCACAGAGGUUAUCGUCGCUCGAGAACCUCUACUUCCCUCGCGCUGUCCAACCUCGAGCCUCCGAUUCCUCUCAGCGCAAGUCCAUCUUCCUCGACCUCCUCUCUCGCGACAUCGCCGUUUUCUUAGAACGUUAUGGAACUCAAUUGACGAGCGAUGAGCUUCAAGAAUUUGAUGCACUCAAGGGCGACUACGAAAUAAACUGGCAUCUAAAUCACCUGAGGACCAUCAUGAGUCCAACUUCGGAUGAGUUACGGUUGAGAUCAAUCACUGUGAAAAAUCGCAGGAGAGCUUACCUUAAUAAGCUAAUAUCUGAUGGGCAAUACUUUUCGGAGGAUGCUAUGAGGGAGAGAGAGCCAUAUUUGCACCACGAGUAUGUGGGGAAGUUCCAGGAUCCUAGUGGGAGGAGUAUGGCCAGGCCAGGGGAGAGGUGGUCCGAGACAUUGAUGAGGAGGUCAGAAGAAGCUUUUGUGGUUGCAGAGAUACGGAGGGAGCAGCAAAGGUUAGGUGUUGCUGAGAGGGACUGGGUUGGUAAUGAAAUAAAACAAGUGGAAGAGGAAGAAGGGGAGGUAGAGGAAGAGGAGGAGGAGGAGGAGGAGGAGCAGGAGCAGGCAGCAAACGGAGAACACAUCAUGAAAGCCAAUGGGUCUGCCGCCCCUUCAAAUCAUGUGGAGAGUGCCGCCGCAGGGCAGAUGGAGGGAGAAACUUUAUCUGCUAUGGAAAUUCAAGACCAGCUGGAUCAGUUCACUUACAUUAUGCAGCAGAAGUUUUUGUCAGGAGAAGAUCACCAGCACUUGGAUUACUCCAAAAUAGACGAGGAUGAGAGCCUGGAUGAUCACUGGCUUAGGGAGGCCAACGAUGAUGCCGAGGAUAAGUAUUUCGCUGAAGAUUGAGAAUGUUACGUGCAGUAAUUCAUCAUUGCCAUCUUAAACUAUGCAUCUGCUCUUUCUGUUGGCAGAGUGUAGCGAGUAUCCAUCCGUGGGUUAGUUUCGUUCUCUCCAUUUUGUGUAGAUGAUGCAACUGGCAUUUUGAUAAUAAUUAAUCAGGUCGAUUGCA